CAUGGUGGUUCUAGUGCUGUUUUUCUCAAUCACAACUUGUUCGAAAUGAAUUUUAAUAUAAUAAAUGUUUUUUGAAUGAAUCUGUUGUUAUGAUUGCCAUUUUUUUUUUUUUUGAAAACUAGUGAGAGAGGUUAACUCAUCGUUCCUUUUCGUCUUAAAAUUCUUUUCGAACAAGUUGUGAUUGAGAAAAACAGACCCCAAAAAAUUUAUUAAAAAAAAAAAAAAAAAAUGGCAAUCAUAACAACAACGAAAACCAAAGUUCAUAUUUUGCAAGGCGCUCUUGAGAUCGGCGCUUAGCAACCCUUCUCUCGUUCUCUCUCUCUCCUUUAUCUGCAAAUUUUCUGAAUCAUUUCUAUGUUGUUUCCCUCAAUUUCUUCCUCAAAAUCAUAGUUGAUUGUAUUCGAUUUUACUGCCAAUUCUAGGUAAUCUGAUUUCGCAGAUCUGAAUUUGGGAACCGCGUUUUUAAAGGCGAAUUCAAGAUGUUUUGGCGUAUGGCGGGUUUGUCCACUGCAUCUCCGGUGGAGACCAUUUUGGACAAGGAUAACUUUACACUGGAUGAGCUUCUUGAUGAGGAUGAAAUAAUACAAGAAUGCAAAGCUCUGAAUGCUCGGCUUAUUAAUUUCUUGCGUGAGAGACCACAGGUUGAGCAACUUAUUCGUUAUAUCGUAGAGGAAGCUCCAGAGGAUGCUGAAAGACAGAGAAAUUUUAAGUUUCCUUUCAUUUCUUGUGAGAUUUUUACAUGUGAAGUUGACAUUAUUCUUAAAACAUUGGUAGAAGAUGAGGAGCUGAUGAAUCUGUUAUUCUCAUUCUUGGAUCGUGAACACUCACAUAGCACCUUAUUGGCGGGAUACUUUAGCAAGGUCGUGAUUUGCCUUUUGAUGCGAAAGACUGUUUCACUUAUGGAAUAUAUUCAGGCUCAUCAAGAAAUCAUCAGACAACUGGUUGAUCUUAUUGGAAUUACGUCUAUUAUGGAGGUGUUGGUUCGCCUUAUUGGUGCUGAUGAACAUAUAUAUGCGAACUAUGCAGAAGCUAUGCGGUGGUUGGAAGAUACAGAUGUCUUGGAGAUGAUUGUGGAUAAAUUUAGUUCUUCUGAUUCUCCUGAAGUCCAUGCUAAUGCUGCAGAGACGCUGUGUGCCAUUACUAGAUAUGCUCCCCCUGGCAUAUCAGCUAAAAUUACUAGUUCAAGGCUGAUAGGAAGACUGUUCCACAAUGCUCUGGAAGAGUCUCGGCCAAAAUCAGUUUUGUUUAAUUCCCUUUCUGUAUGCAUCUCCUUGUUAGAUCCAAAGAGGCUAACUUUUGGUACAUACUAUGCAUACAAUCGCCAAUUUUCUCAAGGACCCUCAAUAGCUGCUAAUCAUGAAACUGUUGAUGGCAUGCUUGGGAGUUUGGGUAGUUUACUUAAGUUGUUGGAUGUUUCAUCAGACGAUAGUUUCUUGCUUACUACGUAUGGUAAAUUGCAGCCACCACUAGGAAAACAGCGUUUGAAGAUCAUUGAAUUCAUUUUAGUCUUACUCUCAAGUGGAAAUGAAGCUGCUGAAAAGGAAGUCAUUCGACUUGGUGCAGUGAAAAGAAUCUUAGAUAUGUUUUUCGAGUACCCUUACAAUAAUUUUUUGCAUCAUCAUGUGGAAAACGUUAUUCUGUCUUGCUUUGAGAGCAAAAGUUCUAUCCUUGUCGAGCAUCUACUAAAUGAUUGUGAUCUUGUUGGAAAGACAUUGGAAGCUGAAAAAAGUCCUUUGUUAUCAAGUGAUUCAAGCAAGCAGCCCACAGUGUGUAUGGAUGGAAGAGACCCUCCUAGAGUGGGAAAUAUUGGUCACCUGACUCGCAUAUCUAACAAACUUGUCCAUCUUAGUAACACGAACUCUGACAUUCAGGCCUUUUUUCAGGAUAAUACUGAAUGGCUUGACUGGUGUUCAAAUGUCUUAUCUAAGCGCAAUGCUGUGGAAAAUGUUUAUCAAUGGGUCUGCGGGAGACCAACUGCUCUACAAGAUCGCACCAGGGAUAGUGAUGAUGAUGAUUACCAGGAUAGAGACUAUGAUGUUGCAGCUCUUGCUAACAAUUUAAGCCAGGCCUUCCACUAUGGCAUAUAUAGUAAUGAAUUAGAAGAGGUUCAAGCAUCACUUGAACGAGAUGAGGAGGAUGUUUACUUUGAUGAUGAAUCCGCUGAAGUGGUUAUAUCCUCAUUGCGUCUUGGAGAUGACCAAGAGAGUGGAUCGCUGUUCACUAAUUCUAAUUGGUUUGCUUUUGAGGAUGACCGCGUUAACAAUGAGCGUUUGACUGAUACACUUGCCUCUCCAUCACCUGCUGAUGAGGAACCUGGUGCUGUUAGUAGAAGUAGUGAUGACUUGGACGCCAAUGAUGACAUGGAUACUGCGACUUCACAAGUGCCUGAAGUAGAAUCCAUAACUAAUGAGCCUAUUGCUCUUCCUGCUAAGGAGGAAGUGGGACGGGGUGCUACAAGUGAGCAAAAUGAUUGGGUUGAAUGGAGGGAAACAUCUAAUUCGAGUGAUUUAUCUGAUGAAGCAGAUAAACAAGAAGAAAUACCAAAAAACUUUGAGGAAUUAGGGAACAAGGUUGAGGAGGAUUGCCCAAGUGCACCUGAGCUGUCAUCCUCGACAGUUGAUGGUUUAGAGAGUAAUGGUGUUACCCAGGAUGUAGGUGUGCAACAAUUGUCGGGCGAAACUGGUGUGGCUGAAAAUAUAGGUGAACCAUUAUCCAGCUCAAGCUCAAAUUCUUCCCAGGAUGAAGUUAAGCUGCCUGAAGCAGAACAGAUUUCAAACCCUGACGGGCAUGAGGAACCUGGUUUGGCUCAAGCAGGAAACUAGCUGUACAUUAGAAAAACUACAGAAUCAGCGCAAACAGGAUAAACUCUUCCUUCCUGUCCACUAGUCAAAUUUUCCUUUCGAUAAAUGUCUCUUUGUAAUUCUUAGCUUAUUUUCUGUACAUCGUAGUUGGUUUAAAAUUCUUAAGUAGAAUGAUUCUUUUUGAGAAAACUCAGGCGACUCGUCUUCUUCUCACUGUAACGUAGAAAAUGGAAGGGCUAAUUUUUCAUAUUUUAUUUUUGUACCGUAGCAAAUGAUAAAGAAGUCAUUCUUUCCAGAGCAUUUGUACUAAACUUUAAGGUUCUGAUGGAGCUGGUCGUGAACUAGAUGAUACUUCGUAGUAAUAGCGCACCUUAUUUGGGCUGUGUAUUAAGCUAAAUUUUUUAUUAUUUGACCAUUUCGAGCUUGUAUUA